AGACUCCGAGGUGGCCGGAAUAGAGCCAGCAGCUCUGUUACACGGCAGGAUCGGUGGUUUAUGUCCCUUGGGGCAGGGGAGGAAGGAUGGAGGGAAAAGUUCAAGCUGUCCCAUGGGGGCAGAGACACUUCUUGCUGGCCUGGCAGGGCAGGAUGGUUCUGGCGCUGGCCCUCGUGGAUUCUGCCUUGCCCUGAGCCUUCCCCCAGCGCCGGGGCAGCUUUCGAGCUGGUGUUCCCACGGGUCCCAGCGGCGCUCCCGGAGCCGCGGGCAUAAGGAGGGGUGAGGCGGCCGCCAGGAGCCGCGGGGCGGGGCGAGGACCCCCGGGGCCGGGCUGCGCCUGGUCCCGCCCCGUGACGCCCCGCCGGAAGCGGGCGCGGCGGGGCCGCCGGUGCCGGUGGUGGUAGUGCCGCCAUGGAGUUCCCGGACCUGGGCGCGCACUGCUCCUGGCCCGCCUGCCAGCGCCUGGACUUCCUUCCCCUGAAGUGCGAUGCCUGUGAGCAGAUCUUUUGCACGGACCACAUCGCUUAUGCCCAGCACGAUUGCACCUCUGCCUACAAGAAGGAUGUGCAGGUCCCAGUAUGUCCCCUCUGCAACACCCCAGUCCCUGUGAGUCGAGGGGAGAUGCCUGAUGUUGUGGUGGGUGAACACAUUGACCGUGACUGCAAGUCUGACCCUGCACAACGCAAACGCAAGAUCUUCACCAACAAGUGUUUGAAGCCUGGCUGCAAGCAGAAGGAGAUGAUGAAGGUGAUCUGUGACCAGUGCCACAAGAACUACUGCCUCAAGCACCGGCACCCCCUUGACCAUGACUGCAGUGGGGCAGUGCACCCCCUUUCCAAAGCAGGGCAUGCUGCGGUUACCAGAGCCCAGGCAUCCUCCUCCAAAAUAUUCACUGCAUCAAGCAGUGGAACUGCCCGGCCAGCAGACAGCUCCUCUUCUCCAGCCUGUGCCAGCUUUUCUUGUGCUUGCAGGGAAGGCAGAGCAGCUGUGUCCCAAACUCGCAGCACCUCCCCUCCAGCUGUCAUGCUGCAGAAUGGGCUGAGCGAGGAAGAGGCGCUGCAGCGAGCUCUGGAGAUGUCCCUGGCAGAGUCAGCACGCAGCUCAGCACAGCCACCCAGUAGCACACAGGAGGAGGAGGAUCUGGCACUGGCCCAGGCACUGUCAGCAAGCGAAGCAGAGUACCAGCAGUCGCAGCGGCAGGCACAUGGUUCAAAGCCAUCAAACUGCAGCAUGUCGUAGGCAGGUGAGGCGGGGUGUGCCAGUGGACAUAGGAUCCUGCUUGUGACCUGAGGAGUGGCUCUGGCCUUCCACAUGGAUGCCAUAGGGCUCUGGCCUGGACACUGGUACCAAGAGCCCCUUGCCAAGGACAGCUCAUCUCUCCCUGGGAGCUGUAAGCCACCAAAUAUACACUGACACUUCAGCCCUAGUACCUAUGUAAAAUUAGCGCAGCCAAUUGCUGAUGUUCCUGGGGAGGUUAAGACUGAAGAGGACGUGGCUGGAUACACACUGACCAAAGCAAGGCACAGCCCAGGGCCUGCAGUUACCCACAGUUGCCACAGCCAUGUCCCAACACUGCUGGGACUGUGGGGUGAGGGCAGGGCUGUGUGGGGACAUCUCUGCAUGCUCAGACAUGCAGCUGGGAUGUAGCCGUCUUCUAUAGUAGGGGGCUGGAUUCCAUGUUCUGGGGAGGGCUGUGCCAGCCCCUCAGCAAGGAGCAAAUGUGGCUGGGAUGAUCUCUUGUCUGGGCAUGGCACAGCUGAAUGUGCAGCCUCCCAGCAGCAUGAAGGCAGCCCCUUCCUCACACCCCGCACCCUCGGUGCCUCCCUGCUGUUUGCAUGCACAAGAGCAUGUUGAGCCUUACCUUGCUCGGCUGGGGCACAAGACCUCUCUGAGACUGAACGGAGCUGCAUUUCCUUUCUAGUUUAAUGUAAUAAAUAACUUUGGCAGUGA